AUGGCAAACGAAGUUGAGAACAAUUCUCAACGUUCCUCGGAGAUUGAUAUCAUCCCAUCAUCCUCAUCUGCAAGACAACUAGAUCGUUUGUUGCAUCUUUUGAAAUAUGAGGCAUCCAUCAAAAGACCUUUUGAUCCUUUUGAUCUACCAAGACUGUCACUUGCUGCAACUGAAAGCCGCUGGCUUCUCACGCUCAGCUCAAUGCUACACUUCGUAAGAAGUAUUCAUCUCCGUCUCAAUUCAUCCAAUAUCGGAAUAACCCUUGGAUUUUUGCGCAAACAAAAAAGGGAAUGGCCUAAGUAUAAUACCAUCGAGAGGAAGCGAAUUGGAUUAUGUACAAAGUUUUCUAAAGAGUUAAGAUACUUCAAGAAGAAUAUUCGUUCUCUUAAGAUGAACAAACAGGACGUCGAUCUCUACAAGUCAUAUCCUUCAAAUCACCCAAUACUGAUCAAGAUGCAAGACAGAAUGGAAAAGAAGCUGUUUGCAAGAUUGAAAUCUAUGUGUACCGCUGCUUAUACCGCAAAUUUGCCAUAUAUCGCUCUUUACUUAACACCAUACUCACUGAGAACCAAUAUCUUCCAAGAUUUCCGCAAGGCGAUUAAUGAUUCUGAUAUCGAAUUGGACAAAGCAUUCGAGAAUAUUUGGGCGUCUAUCAAGGAAGGUUCUGAACGCUUUCAUUUGGCAGAUAAAGACUUUGAAGGCUUUACACGAUAG